GUGGGCGUGCACGGCGGGCCGGGCCGGGAGGGAGCCCGCGCCGAGCCCGAGCCCGAGCCCGCAGCGCGGCCGGCCGGCGGGCCACACAAUAAAGCCCGGGGGCGGCGGGCGGGCGGCGGUGAGGAGGCCGGGCCGGCGAGCGGCCGCCCCGCUCAGCCCGCCAUGUGAGCGGCGCCGCGGCCUCGCAGGACGCAAAGUUUCCCGGCAGCGGCGGCGCCUCAACUCCGCGCCCAGCCACGGCCCGCCGCUCGGCGAGGAGACACCAUGAAUGGAUAAGGAAAAUGUGGUAUAUGCAUGCAAUGGAAUAUUAUUCAGCCUUAAAAAGGAAGAAAAUUCUGCAGUAUGCUACAGUAUGGGUGGAUCUCACGGACACUAUGCUCAGUGAAAUAAGCCAGUCACAGAUGGACAAAUCCUGUGUGAUUCUUCUUCUUUGAGCUGAAGGAGUAAACAGGUCAUGGCACGCUUAACAAAAAGACGGCAGGCGGACACAAAAGCUAUCCAGCAUCUUUGGGCAGCCAUUGAGAUUAUACGGAAUCAGAAGCAAAUUGCCAACAUUGACCGUAUUACAAAGUACAUGUCUCGAGUCCACGGUAUGCAUCCAAAAGAGACCACUCGUCAGCUGAGCUUGGCUGUGAAAGAUGGUCUUAUUGUGGAAACGCUAACAGUGGGCUGCAAAGGUUCAAAAGCUGGUAUCGAACAGGAAGGAUAUUGGUUGCCAGGCGAUGAGAUUGCCUACAGUAUGCAGCCUUUCUCCAGGACAGCAACCCCAAACAAGGACUGGGAAACAGAAAAUCAUGACUGGUAUUGUUUUGAAUGCCAUUUGCCUGGAGAGGUGUUGAUAUGUGACCUGUGUUUUCGUGUGUAUCAUUCCAAGUGUUUGUCUGAUGAGUACAGGCUUAGAGACAGCAGUAGUCACUGGCAGUGCCCAGUUUGCAGGAGCAUCAAGAAGAAAAAUACGAACAAGCAGGAGAUGAGUACGUACCUGAGGUUCAUCGUCUCCCGCAUGAAGGAGAGGGCUAUUGACCUUAAUAAAAAGGGGAAGGACAACAAACACCCCAUGUACCGGCGGCUGGUGCACUCGGCGGUCGACGUCCCUGCCAUUCAGGAGAAAGUGAACGAAGGGAAGUACCGAAGUUACGAAGAGUUCAAAGCUGAUGCUCAAUUGCUUCUCCACAACACAGUGAUUUUCUAUGGAGCAGACAGUGAGCAAGCUGACAUAGCAAGGAUGCUCUAUAAAGACACAUGUCAUGAGCUGGAUGAAUUACAACUUUGCAAGAAUUGCUUCUAUUUAUCAAAUGCUCGUCCUGACAAUUGGUUCUGCUAUCCUUGUAUACCUAAUCAUGAACUGGUUUGGGCUAAAAUGAAAGGUUUUGGAUUCUGGCCGGCCAAAGUCAUGCAGAAAGAGGACAAUCAGGUUGACGUCCGCUUCUUCGGUCACCACCACCAGAGGGCCUGGAUUCCUUCUGAAAACAUACAGGACAUCACAGUCAACGUUCACCGGCUGCAUGUUAAGCGCAGCAUGGGCUGGAAGAAGGCCUGUGAUGAGCUGGAGCUGCAUCAGCGCUUCCUUCGUGAAGGGAGGUUUUGGAAGUCUAAGAAUGAGGACCGAGGGGAGGAGGAGGCAGAAUCCAGCAUCUCCUCUACCAGUAAUGAGCAGCUAAAGGUCACUCAAGAACCGAGAACAAAGAAAGGACGACGUAAUCAAAGUGUGGAACCCAAAAAAGAAGAACCAGAGCCUGAAACAGAAGCAGUCAGUUCCAGCCAGGAAAUCCCCACGAUGCCUCAGCCAAUCGAAAAAGUUUCUGUAUCAACUCAGACCAAGAAGUUAAGUGCCUCUUCACCAAGAAUGCUGCAUCGAAGCACCCAGACCACCAGUGACGGAGUGUGUCAAAGCAUGUGCCACGACAAAUACACCAAAAUUUUCAAUGACUUUAAAGACCGAAUGAAGUCUGAUCACAAGCGAGAAACUGAAAGAGUCGUACGAGAAGCUCUAGAAAAGCUGCGUUCUGAAAUGGAAGAAGAAAAAAGACAAGCUGUAAAUAAAGCUGUAGCAAAUAUGCAGGGUGAGAUAGACAGAAAAUGUAAGCAAGUAAAGGAAAAGUGUAAAGAAGAAUUUGUAGAAGAAAUCAAGAAGCUAGCAACACAGCACAAACAACUAAUUUCUCAGACCAAGAAGAAGCAGUGGUGCUACAACUGUGAGGAGGAGGCCAUGUACCACUGCUGCUGGAACACAUCCUACUGCUCAAUCAAGUGUCAGCAGGAGCACUGGCAUGCGGAACACAAGCGCACCUGUCGCCGGAAAAGAUGAAGGCUGGUUCUUUCUGGAGAAUCACUGACGAUUAUUCUUCUCAGACACAGCGGUUUUUGUUUCCAAGAAGCCAAACUUGUUUAGAAUUUGCUUCCCAUUUUGCACCAGCCUUUAAACACUUUUCGUGAAGAAAUUUUGCACAGUAGUUAAAUCUUUUGUUAAUGCUCCUCUGGAGUUUUUCAGGGGGUAAAAGUAACAUCAGUGGAGGGUAUUAUUUUAAAUAAAUUUUAAUUGAGAGUUUGUUGCAUUUUCAGCAAAUUUUAAAACAUUUUUAGGUUUUACAGAGAUUUUAACCUUUAAACAACAGAUCUUUAAAAAAACAGCAGGUGAAUACGAGUGAGUUUAACAAAGAAACAUUUAAAAUAGAUCUGAAUGUAAGAACUACAGAACUGUUUCAGAAAUAAAGCAUACUACCUUGAUGUGAAAUUUA